GGCGGCGGCGGCGGUAUCUGCCAAAGAUGCACCCGACAGGCCUGCCGGCGGCGGCGCCUACAGGAACGACCCGGCAGCGUAAGUGGCCCUCCAAGCGAAGGAUCCCCGCGUCCCAGCCAGGCAUGACUGACCCCCACCAGCUUUUCGAUGACACAAGUUCAGCCCAGAGUCGCGGCUAUGGAGCCCCUCGGGCCCCCAGUGGCCUGGGCUACCCUGCGGCCUCCGCUUCGCCCCAGGCUACCUUCCUGGCUGAUCCUAUGUCCAACAUGGCCAUGGCCUAUGGGAGCAGCCUGGCCGCCCAGGGCAAGGAGCUGGUGGAUAAGAAUAUCGACCGCUUCUUCCCCGUCACCAAGCUCAAGUAUUACUUUGCUGUGGACACUGUGUAUGUGGGCAAGAAACUGGGCCUGCUCAUCUUCCCCUACCUGCACCAGGAUUGGGAAGUGCAGUACCAGCAGGACACUCCGGUGGCCCCCCGCUUUGACAUCAAUGCUCCUGACCUCUACAUUCCAGCUAUGGCUUUCAUCACCUAUGUAUUGGUGGCUGGCCUUGCACUAGGGACCCAGGACAGGUUCUCCCCAGACCUUCUCGGGCUGCAGGCGAGCUCAGCGCUGGCCUGGCUGACCCUGGAGGUGUUGGCCAUCCUGCUCAGUCUCUACCUGGUGACCAUCAACACUGACCUCACUACCAUCGACCUGGUGGCCUUCUUGGGCUACAAAUACGUGGGGAUGAUCGGUGGGAUCCUCAUGGGCCUGCUCUUUGGGAAGAUUGGUUACUACCUUGUGCUUGGCUGGUGCUGCAUGUCUAUCUUCGUGUUCAUGAUCCGGACUCUGAGGCUGAAGAUCCUGGCCGAGGCGGCGGCUGAAGGAGUCCCAGUGCGCGGGGCGCGGAACCAGCUGCGUAUGUACCUGACCAUGGCCGUGGCCGCGACCCAGCCGCUGCUCAUGUACUGGCUCACCUUCCACCUGGUGCAGUGA